CUUCGCCGGAGGCGGCAACAACGCGACGAUAUUUUGAGAGGCGGCAGCCAGAUUCAUAGAUUCACUUCGCUCUGUCCUACCGACCUUUAUUGUAACUUUAUUCGCAAAUGUAUCCUCCCGCCUUUGUACCUAGCAAACUCGGCCCCUUCUAUGUCACCUCCUCUUCGUAGCCGUUAGCCUAGAGUCGACGAAUUCUCGAAAUGGCUUCAACAGGACAGGAUAUGGCAGACUUGCAACGGGUUAUAGCUCUGGUGAAGUCGUUAUUAAAUGCCCAACUAAAGGACAUAUUGCGAUAUGAGGGCCUUGCAGUCUCGGGUGUUAAGGCCGUUUUACAAGAACGAAUAAUUGGCCGACUUGAACAAUGCUUUCGUUCGGGGCAAAACGAUAGAUAUAAUCUACUGAAAGAAUUCAUCUAUGCUACAGCUCAACAUCCACCGCCAUCCACUCCUUCACAGUCUCCUGCUACCUACCAACAGCCUCAAUCUGCACCGUCCACAUAUGCGCAGCAACCAGUGUCCACCUUUUCACUCCCAAUGACUCCAAGUCAUUCCUUUCCUGAUGGUCGACUUAGGUUUAAGGACAGCCCUUUUUAUUCUAUACUAGAACCGUUGACACCAGUGGUAGAAUGCAAAGUCAGGGAAAGUACGCGAGAUAGCGUAAAUCUAAAAGUUGUCCUUUCAGCGAUGAAUGCAGCCCGGCUGCAAAAUGACCCAUCUUGGCGCGUGAUGGUUUACUGUGCAGUAGAUAGCGGCCUCACUCAGUAUACCAAAAGUGACAUUACUUUCCCUCACCAAGUUGAGCUCAAGGCGAACCUAGACGACGUUAAGGCAAACUUACGAGGGCUGAAGAACAAGCCUGGUUCAACGCGGCCUGCAGACAUUACCGGUUUCAUCCGAAAGAAGGCUGGCUAUGCUAACCACGUCGUUAUGACAUACGCACUUACACAGAAGAAAUACUUUGUAGUUAUAUACCUUGUUCGAAAACGUUCAGUGGAGGAGUUGGUGAACCGAUUACGAGAUCGCAAAACAAUAUCGGCUGAGCAAGUUAUACGUGAAAUGAAAAGCAAAGCCGAAGAUGCCGACAUUGUUGCGACUUCUACCGUAAUGUCAUUAAAAUGCCCCCUAUCAACCCUUCGAAUAGCGGUUCCCUGCAGGUCUACGAUUUGUUUACAUAACCAGUGCUUCGAUGCGACAUCGUUUCUACAAUUGCAAGAGCAGGCUCCGACGUGGACGUGUCCUGUGUGCAACAAAGCAACGAACUUCGAAGCACUGCAAAUCGACCAAUACGUCGAUAUUAUACUGAGGUCGACACCGCCGAGCCUUGAUCAAGUUACAGUUGACCCAGACGGCACGUGGCAUAUAUCAAGAGACGGUGACAAUCUGACACCGGGCGGAGACCCAUCCCCCGCAACCGAUGGCAGGGAUGAUGAUUUAAUAGAAAUCCAAGAUUCACGAGUAGUCUCCCUAAAACAGGAGCCGUCUACCGCAAUGACCCUUCACCGCACCCCACCAGCACAGGCUGGGGAACUUUCAUCCACUCAGUCUGCCUCUUGGCCAACACCAAAUAAUAAACGACCAGCUAGCCAGGUCAUUGACUUGACUAUAAGCGACGAUGAAGAGGAGGAACCUCCUCGUCCCGCAAAGCGCCCACACCUACAACUUAGCUCCAGUCAAUAUUCGAGACAUCGGUAUUCAGAUUUUGCCCCACGGGCCAACGUGAGCAAUGCCAGUUUUGGCCUCUCCAGUCAGAGUGAAUCUAACUCUCCAGCCGCGAACCCGUUUUAUUAUGAUGCCUAAAAAAUCUUUUAUUCACCAAAAUGUCAAUAAUCGACUAUUGUGGUUUACAAGAGGUUUUUGUCUGGGAAGAUUUUCGAUUGCUACCUGCUUUCCAGCGCAGUCUUCUAUUUCAUUCGUAUAUUUUAUUCUGUUCUCUUCCACUUGUGUGAAAGGAAGUCUCGGCGCAAGGAAUCGUUUUGGCCGGGGAUUGUCGCCAUCUACCGUCUGCUUGCCUGCUACACCACCCGCACGUAGCAUGGGCAUUUACGUUAUUUGAAUUAGGGAUAAUACGGGCAACCUUGUGGAGCGAGGCGUUCGGGAGCCAAUGAUACAUAUUUUUUUUCCCUUGAGCUAGAAUAUCUAGAAAUGAUUAAACGUGGAUUGUUGCCCAAGUCCCAUUGCAUAUGCCUUGUCUUCCCCUCGUUGUCUUUCCUUGGUUUUCAAAGUGAGACGCGUUAGAAACCGUCAAACCCCAUAAACAAACCGAACCGAGAACAUGAGGUUCUAUAUCAUUCUCCUCUAAUAGCCUAAGCGCAAUGCUUUGUUUUGAUUAAAACAGUAAUCAAUCUAUAUUCGUACACAAGAGAGUAUUGGCAAUCAUAGACUACUGUAUUCUUAAUAAUAUGGAUGAUUCUCACAUUAAAUUUCUAUGUCUAAUA